UGCGCUUGGAAGUGAACAUAAUAUGCCAUAUUAUAAAACAACUAAAAGCGAGUACGAAGAUAUACAAAUUAAUUUAUUAAAAACUUAACAUAAAAGGCUACAAAAUGUCUAUACCCUUCAGUGGAGCUUUAAAACGAUCGAAUGGGAUAAUUGCAGCUAUAAGCAAACAAUUGAAAAGUGUAAAUUUAAAGGGAGUUAAGAGAAUAACUGUUACGUUUGAUCCAUUUUCUGAAAAUGUGAGGUCUACAAGGGAUUUUCUAUCUUUGCUAUCAACUCCUAAAAUAUCUCUUACCAAUCCCAGCUGUGUCAUAAAAACAGAUGUGGUUUGCAAUCGUCAACCUUCCGAGGUGAAAUUUUCUUUAAUUGAUUCCGCACAAGAAAAAGCUCAAGUGAAAGAAGUUCGUUUUGUCAGCAGCAAUUUGACAACACUUGAACUCUUGCAGCUACUUAACAAGCACGUCUCUACGCUAGCGCCAGUUGAGGAGAUCACAUCAAAGGUAACUACUAAAGCAGAAAAACAAAAACUAGCAGGAGGUGUUGGUGGUAAAAAAGGAUCGAAGAAAAAAUAAAAC